UAUCCAGCAACUUAAUACAAACUAGUGAAACUACAAAUCAAUUAGCCAACUCUGCUCCGCUACCAGUUACCAAACGCCGGACCAACUCCAUCCCCAACUGCUCACACACCAUCUAACCAUCAUGCAAACGGUCUUGCUGCCGGCAACUCGCUUCGGCAUUUGUGCGGUGGCGAUUGGUCCCCUCCCCCCUCAUUUUCACCGACCGCCGCCCUCUCUCUCCCGCCCAAAUUUUCUCACUUCACUUGAGACUCAGAUACCAAAGCCUCUCUUGUCCCCCUUAGCUCCCUACGAUCCUCUCAAUGUUAAAAGAUCUAAGCUUUUUUUGAGCAGAGUCUCUUCUUCCCCUAUUUCACCUAGUUUUACAUCUCCUAAUGAUGAUGCUGAGAAGGCAAAGCUCGCUCAGGUUUCGAAGAGGUUAGAGAGCACGUCGAGGUACUUUAAGCGAUUGGGCAAUUUGGGCUUUUGGGGACAGCUAGUAUGCACUGUGGUGUCAGCUGUGAUACUUUCAUUUUCUGUUGUUAUUACUGGGAAAAUAACAUCACCUGCUACCUUUUAUGCUACUGCUGGUGGAAUUGUGGCAGCGUUCAUAUCCGUUUUUUGGUCAUUUGGGUAUAUUCGGCUUUCUGAGAAACUCAAGAGAACUGCUAAUGAUCCUUCAAAGGCUCCUCCUCGUGCUGAUGUUGUGAAAAGCCUGAAAAAUGGCAUAGUUCUGAAUCUUCUGGGAAUGGGUGCUGCUAUUCUUGGCAUGCAAGCAACAGUGGGCUUGCUAGUUGCUAAGGCUCUUACUUCCUCCACAAAUCCUUACUACCAAGGAAUUUCUCCUGGCUAUAGUCCAGUGCUUGCAUUGGAUGUAUUCUUGGUGCAGGCAUCAGCUAACACUAUCCUUUCCCAUUUUCUGGGGCUUGUGUUCUCACUGGAACUGUUGCGCUCAGUGACUUUACCUCAAUCAGAAAGUAUUCCGAUUCCCAGGGUUGCAUAAAUUCUACCUUUCUUGGUAAAAAUUCAUGAAGCUUCUGUUAGAACAUGAUUUUGUAGCCAUAAUUGUUGAAAUGUAGAUUAGUGAAAUUCAAUCUUACAAACCGUUUGACAGGUAUUUCAAUUCUAAGAUCUGACAGCCAUUUUAUAAGCAGUAUUGCAUAUUUUAUUGAUAAA